UGAAUAAUGCUUUAAAUCAUUUUAGUAUUGAAUAGAUUGUCGAUAUAAAAAAACACGCUAAAACAAAAAAUUAUAAUAUCAAACUACAAACCAGAAAAAUACUUUACAAAUACACUACUUGAGUUGAGGAAACACGCAUUAAUAAUAAAAAUUAAUUAAAAUAUUUGCAAAUAAAUGUGUUUAGUUAAAUGUAAGGCAAGAUAGAAUAGAAAUAAGUAAGAAAAAAAGUGUUGGACUUAGCCGACUAUGUGAAGUUCUACAAUAGGAAAAGAUUUUUUGUUUCAAGUUUCAUUGAAUGUAUUACAGAGAUAAAUGUUUUGAAAUUUAUUACAAUACUGUUAUUAAUAUGACAUUUCUAAGUGUUAGAGAUAUUUUCAAAAGCAGACUUAACUUUAUUUAGCCACCUUGAUUCAACUAUGUCCAUACAUCAAUGUAAAAGUGUAUUUGUAUAUAACAAGAUACUAAUAACUAGAAUGAAGGCACUCCUACAAGUAUGAAUUCAUAAAAUUAAUUAGAAAUAAAUUUGUUAAAUCAUAUUGUUAGCAAACAAACAAAAUAUCCUGUUAAACAUAUUUCAGUUCAGUUGUAAUAAAUUUUUAAGCCAAACACGAUGUACGGAAAAUUUGUCAUUUUCAUAUUCAGCAUUUUAAUAUGGUCAUAUUCCCUGGCUUUGGAUCAAAUAGAACUUACACAAUCUGUUAGAGAGGAGCCAGAGUUGGAGGCACCCGAUAACGAUAGCAGCAUUUUUAUAACAUGUGAUUUUGAUUUGGAAAAUAUUGAAAGUUUAUUACAAUAUCUACCCGAUAUUUGUACGGAAAUUUAUAAUAAUCGUUCGUCUAGUGAUUUAUACGAUUUAUAUUUAGAGGAAUCACAAAAUUUUGCCAAAUUUUAUAAGAAAUUAAAUGAUUAUGAAUUGCGUGAUCAGCCUCAAGGUGAUAAACAAGAAUUGAACAAAUAUCCCUUUGAAACAAAACUACGUAAUGAAACCUACAGCAAAGCCGAUUGGUCGCAAUGUGUAACCACCUCUAACAGUUCAGCUUCGGAUUAUUUAAAGUGUUUGAAGGAGAAACGUUUGGAAUUGGCAGAAUUGAUACCCAAUGUGGAGAAAAACUAAACUGAAGAAUUAUUUGUUAUUUAUGAAGUUGUUAAAUUAUAUUUAAUAUAUAAUUUUGAUAAUAAACAUUUUGGAUAUUGUGCCUUAAAUGGUAGCUGGGGUAAAAAA